AUGACAACAACCCAACCGAUCUUGGUAUUGCGACACAUAUACGAGCCCGCUUUGCGGCUGUGCAGAACGGACAGCGUGGUCAGCGACUCAGCGCGAUGGCCGACCCGACGCUGAACGCGACUGUUUCCUGAGUUGAAGUGUGCGAAUACCUGCUUUUCGGCGAAGUGCUCGCCUCGACCUGCCUCGACUCGCCUGGCUCGCCCUCGCCAGCCCAGGCCAGCCCAGGCCAGCCCUCGCCCGCCUCGCGCGCGACCCCCACGCCCCACGCGCCCCACCACCACCUCCUCAUGCGCAAAUGCGCGGGGCUCGAACUGGCUCGAAUCGCGCUCAAACCCCUCAAGCCCCACGUUUCGAUCCGCGACUAGCUCGGGCCCCAGACGGCCGUGUGCACCCACUGCAAGGCUCGGCACUGGGAGUGCGAAAGGUCGAAGUCGACCGGACACUUUAGCACGUGCUGCUCGCAGGGCAAGGUGCGGCUACCUCCCCCUCCCCAGCCCAAUCCCGAGUAUCGAAAUCUACUUGAAGGCUCGAAUAGCGGCCAGUUGCUCCGUCCAACAACAUUCGUCUGCAGUAGAGCCACAUGCUGAACUGUGCGACAACCUUCCCACGCACACAGAAGCUAAAGCGUUCCGCGAGAACGGCCGGUCGUACAACAACGCGUUGUCGUUUACUUCGCUCGCUGCCCACUGGGACCAAACUCAAGUGGGCACGCUAGGAUCCCCCGUGUUUCGCGUGUUUGUUCGCCUUUACCAUCGGCUCGACGCCCUGAUCCCUGCCGUGAAUCAACGCCCAGCCUUUGCUUAAACAUGGCUGAUCGACCCGGCCGAGGCCACCGACCCUCGACUUGGACGCGACGGCGCAGACAGUCGCAUACAAAGAUCAACGUUGACCAAGUUCGAGUCCAUCCUGCGUACCGGCAAUCGCUUUGUGAGGGAGUUCGCAUCAGCCAAAGCUCGCGCAGGUUGGGAUACGGCCAAAGAGUGGAUCCUGCGCCUCUGCCUCCCGCCAGGCCGAGACCGACGCACUCACAACAGGACCCGGGAAAGCUCAGCCCAAUGUGCGUCCGAAAAAACGGCGAUUUUUGGCCGAUUUGUACAUCGGGAUGAGGUGUCUGA